AUGGCUCAAAUACCGCACUGGCAACUUCCCAAUCUCAGCGACGAUGCAUACUCACAACCGUCAUGGAUGGUCGCCUUCCUGCUUCCUAUGGAAGAUGACGAGCGAGAUCUAAUUAUGCAAAAGCUCAUUUCGACCGACAAGGCUUGGCUUGACCCCCCCUGCUACGGAGCCGCGCCGUCUCCUGGAAGUCCCCUGGCUGCACGAUCUGAUCCCGCCGUCGUCGAUGAACAGUCGCGUGUGGAUGAUACAGUCAUUCUCCUCCAUAACAGGGGAAGGGAGAUCCAGGCCGUGCGAGUGCCGAUUAAUAGAGCGAAUGUGCUUCUGAGUGCCGCGGAGGAAGGAAACGUGAAUCUGGACGGGGUUCCAGUUCUUCCCAAUGGUCUUGAAAAACAGAAUACCAAGAAGAGACCGGUCAGCAACAGUGAUUGCGUAUUGAUCUUGGAGUCGAUGACCAAAGAAGAACUCCAGACAAUACAAGAAGAGCUAUUUUCCGAAGUUGACACGGAUCUGGAAUGGAUCGACCUCUCUCAAAAGCUGGGAUCUUCCGACAUGGAGGGUUUGAUGGACUUCUUUGAGUCGAAAGAUUAUGAGCUGGAUUCCCCACCAGAUCAUUUCAUUGCGGUGGAUCGAAAGACAUUAAGAGUUGCGAACAAGCCGGUCGAUCAGAGAGAUGAAUCGAAAUCUGUGAUUCUCGCAUCGAUCGAAGGAGGCUUACUCUGGUUUAAGGAUGACAUGGAGGAUAUACAUGGAUCCAUCUAUACCGGGUAUGGAUUUCAACGAUCCAAUGUUGAAGAUAGCAUGACGGCGGUGACGAACUUGUCAGUUGGCAACAUGGAUUUUGCUGAGUUGUUUGAUCAAUCUGAAUUUAUCUACUGGAGUGGAUAUCAUUCUUGGGCAGCGUCGAAUUUAGAGAAUUAUCAGGAUGGAGACAAACAGUUUGCUAGUGCAUGGUAUCCAGGUCGUGGGCGGGUCGAUUGCGCGGUAGAUGAAUUUUGA